AGCCGUUCAAAGAAGGUGGACUUGUAGGAGUAAGAGGACGUCCCAGCGAAGAUCAUAAGGGGAACGUAUUAACACUGUGACAACGAAUAAUGACCGAUUUUCACAUUCUUCUCUUACCAAUCCUUCUCCUCAAGACCUUUAUGACUUAUACGACUGGUAGAAAUUUUACUGUGGGACUGUUAAUUCCAUACACUACUCCAGUCACAUCGUCGGCGGAUUUAUUCGGUAUAAGGUAUGCACCGGCCUCCCUUCUGGCACUGGAGAAUAUCAACAACAGCACGCAUCUUCUCCCAGGUCAUCACUUAUCCUUAGUUUGGAACGAUACCAAGUGUGACCGAAAUUUGGCACUAAAAGCGCUCAUCUACCAGAUUUACGAGAAACGAGUGGACGCCGUCAUAGGUCCCGCAUGCCACUGUGAAGUGGGGGCGCGUCUAGCUAAUGUGGAGAAUAUACCUAUGAUAUCAUACGUGAGUGGUGUAAUUCAGAUAUUUUACUGUACUGGUUUCCCUGCGAAAUGAGUUCUGAUGAAGGACUGCAGAAAUUCCAUACUGAAGAUGUGCCACAACCCAUAUCUGGGUAGUGCUUCUGAUUGGCUGAAGCAAAUUUUCCUCGCGACACGAUCAAUCAGAAGCACUACUCAGUUCUGGGUAGUGACUUGUCAUCAGUAUGGAAUUUCAACGCUUGUUUCUCAGACGGCAUUUCACGGCUAAACCAAUGAUGGCGUCACAAAAUGUCGGCUGUUUUCUCAGGCUAGUUUGAUUGCCGAUUGUUAAUAACCCUUUAGGUCCCAAGAGUGACCAACAUCAAAUUUCUCCUAACAACAUCAGCAGAUCAUCAAGAGUAAAGGUUAUGAGAAUUACUAAAUUGGUUACCAAAGGGAGAACGCUUUGAUAUUAAACCAAAUUCUCUCAACUAUUCUUAAAAGAAAUGUAUGGAGAUCAGUCUGGAGAAUUUGUAUGUGGAUCUUGGGGCGGCGGUUAUAAACGCCCAUAUGUAUCGACUACGGAAAAUGACAUAACGAGAUCACAAUUCGUUUUUUCUCUGUUUUUUUGCGCGCAAUUUUCCAAGGAACAUGAAAUUCUCGAUGUUAUUAAUGUAAAAAACAAAUUCCCCACCGGAUUUCCCUUUGUCUACACCCUAUUAGGUGGUAGAAAUGUUGUAAAAAGUUCAAAACUUUGCAGUGAAACCUGUUACCUGCGACUCCUGGUUUGAUGUGACUUUUGAACAUAUUCAUGCCAUUUCUAUUGCUUUCUCUUGUCCCCUUUUCUUUGUGAAUUUACUAACUUUUCCAAUUGUCAGCAAUGCAACAACAAGUUCCUUGUAUUUGUUCUCCUGCACCGGGUGCCUGCUGUGCUAUAAAUGUAUGAACUACACGGUUGGAUCCAGAUAACUUAGAACAAAGGGUUGCGGGAGACAUGCUAUAAUCAGGGACAAAAGUAGUUGACACACUUUUUUAAAACGGGUGCUUUUAACAAACAUUUAAGUCAUUUAUUAUUUCAUUCUGUUUAAACGCCAUAAAUCCCCUCACCCCCCCGAAUCAAUGUUGUCUGAAGUAAAAAAAAGACUUAAGGGUCCAAAAUUCAACAUUGAUUUUUGGGGGAAGUGGUUGGGGUAGACAAGGGAAGCGGAUAAGUAUAUCCACUAUGCAAAAAGGGGACAUUUUAUGGAAGUGCGUCAACACUUUUGUCCCUCAUUGUAGCUCCAUGGAAACUAAUUAUUAAUUUAUUGUUUAAAGGUUUAAAGAUUUUCACGCAUUUUCAGGCAAGGUGCAUGGGGUGUUCCCCGCACGCCUCUAAAUCCGCCAAAGCAUGAGCUUUUUUUAUACUUAACAAUUAUUCCACGAGCGCUCGUUGGACAUGAGUUGGCUGUAAUCAUCUCAUACCCAACACGCGUGAGUGGAAAAAUUGUUUCAUUAAAAACGCCCACAAAAUAUCGAAAAUUCUUCCCGACUUUAUUUGUAAAAACAACCGAUUUUUAGCUUGUUUUUAAUUUUGAGUGAGCCCUCGCGUACAGUUACCAUAUUUGGAGAGCAUGGUAUAAUUAACAAUUA